AUGCUUCUGACCGACACCAAACGCACCGGCUCUACCACAAAUACCAAGGCGGGAGACAUUCUUGAUCUCCUGCUCAAACAUUUUGUGGGCUCUCGUAAUGUCAUUCUACGCCAAAAUGACCCAUCGGUCGGUGAUUCAGCGGCUGGUGUGCAAACACUCCAAGCCUUGGCCUUGACUUCACGCCAGUUCCAUCGCGCAGUCCAGCCUUUUCUCUACGAAACAAUCUUCAUCUCGAGCCCUAGUCGUCUUUGCAAAUUGCACCGUACCCUCACAGUUAACAAGGAUCUUGCGGAUUCCGUGCAGAGUGUUGUCUUCUUCGAGCAAGAGUCCUACUCAGCGGGGGAAGAUGAUGGUGACGAUAUUCUACAUGGCGACACCAAGACUAAAUAUGAAGAAACCCUGCAGCAGGAGACGAGGACGCUUUGGUUGGGCGUGACUGCGAGCAUCCUACGCGGCGUUCUGCGAUACAACCCCACGACCCAGUACGACUCGACAGCCCCUGCAACCCGAAACGCAGUCCUGUAUCUGCUUAUCCUGCUGGCGCGCAUGCCAAACCUCAAGCUAUUCCGCCACGUCGGUCUGGACAAACGGUCCACCUUUGCAGAUAUUCUGGCCCUUUGCAUCAACGGCCUCAGGCGGCUGCCCGCCCACGACCCCCAACCCCCAGCCAUGCGUCAACUAUUCGGCCACCUUGCCGAAGUUGAUAUUUCAGGCUCGGCCUGUGAUUCAUGGGCGGAUCUGAUUUUAAAGGUCCGCACUGCCCCCGAACUGCAGAUUCUCAACAUCUCGUACCCACUUGCUCUGAAGGAUACCGCCCCUGGGCACAGGUACAUCGAACGCACUUGGGUCACUGGCAUGUUCAAUAUGCGGGACCUGCGACUGUCGAGUCUAUUCCUCCCCCCUAAAGAGCUAGAGGGCUUGGUAGAGCGGAUUAGAGGGAUGAACGCUUUGCGCUAUGACUGGUUUCCCUCUACACCCAGUGACGAGCAGAACAGCAACAAUAAGGAGGACUUUCUUGCACUCAAGCGUGCGGUGGAGUCUCACAAGCAAACACUCCAGAAGUUGUAUAUUGAUGUCCAUGACCCUUCCAAGCAGCUUGUUGAGGUCCUGCGGUCGGAGCAUCUCGUCCCUUGGAAUUUCUCUUCGUUUGAGAACGUCACUUCCCUCACUGUUCCUGACUUUUUCUUGUUCUGA